GUUUUCCUAAAGCAUUUGUUCCAACAGCGAGACACAGGUGCCACGCUAUAUCCCUGGAGCUAAUCCCUGGGGUGUGUCCUACUUGCUGCAGGCACCUGAGAUCCCACCGCAGGGACCCGCGGGGGGGGGGGGGGGGGGGGGGGCAGGUGGGGCGUGGCUUCUGGGCAGGUGGCUGGGCUUGGAGGGAGGAGUCACCAGGCUCGCGCCUCAGUCCCUGAAAAGGUCGGCUGCACCCCAAAAGCGAGGACAAGCAGGGACCCUGAAAGCCGAGGAAGAGAAACAGACUAAGCAAGACCUGCGGGGGUGCCCCAUCCUCCCCGCACCCACAGCGGGGGUUCUGCAGGGCUUUUGUCCCUGCUGUGGCAGCAGCGAUGCCUGGCGGAGCUUGGGCGCUGGCGCUGGCACUGAUGCUCCUUGAGGCGGGGAAUGGUCAGCCAGCUCAGGAGUGCUCUCCAGGGGGACACCGGUUACUUGAGAGCCCUCACAGAAGUGUCCAUUUUGACUCAUUGUUCCUCCAGCAGUCAGCCCCUCAAGACCUGAUAUGUGACCAUUCCCUUGCUGCUGGAUGGUAUCGAUUUGUCAUCUUUGACAGACCUGCUGAGAUGCCAACCAAAUGUGUCGAGAUGAACCACUGUGGAACACAGGCUCCAAUCUGGCUGUCUCUGAGAGAUUCAGAAACAAUGCCUGCACCGGGGGAGCUCAAGCAACUGACUGCUUGUGCCACGUGGCAAUUUUUGCUGAGCGCUACUAAAGACUGCUGUCUUUUUCACAUCCCAGUGUCUGUCAGAAACUGUGGACAAUUUUUUGUGUACUUACUACAACCCACUCAGGGGUGUAUGGGAUAUUGUGCAGAAGCUAUUUCUGAUGCAAAAUUAAACCCAUGUGGCCCUGAUGAAAUAGAAAUUGAAGGUGACUGUGUUCGACAGCUGUCUGCCUCAUUGCCACCACCACCUCCAGGAAGACCCCAGAUAGUGGUGGAGCUGAUUGAGUCCAGGGUUUUCUGUAGGUGUGCUGUUGAUGUUUCCCCUACGAACAACUCCGUGGGAUUUAUUAUAGCUUGGUCUAGGCUUUCUUCUCAAGACGUCAGGGAGGAACUGAAGCAAGAGACCACCAUUCAGGCAUUCUCUCUGUUAGAAAUGGAUGGCAUAAAUCUUAGACUUGGAGAUAGGAUAUUCUGUACAGCUUCUAUCUUUUUCUUGGAGAAACCACAAGUAAAAAGUUUAGCUACUGAAAGUCAAGAAUUUUUUGCAGGCAUUAAGUUACAACCCGAAAUGAGUACUAUAUCAGAAGAUGGAAAAGAAUAUCAGUUGAGGAUAGAGAGCACAAUUCCUGUCGUUUGUCCUGAAUUCAGUGAGCUUGAUCAGGAAUGUAAAAUCUCAUUAAGACUGAAAACUGUUGAUCAAGGUAAAGACCUGCUAGGUUUAAAUUUGGCACUGUCUUCCUGUCACGUGGACCUUCUCCAGACAACGUCCUGUGCUAAUGGAACCUGUAGCCAUGCUCUUGUUUACUACACUGCUGUAACUGAUUUCUCCCAUGAUGGAAACAGAGUUACAGACAUUAUAGUGGAACCUAUAGUUAACGAGGAUUUCCUAUGGAACAGCUAUACUCCAGACAGCAUCCAGGUCAGAGUAAAGGAUGUCCCAACUGCUUACUGCUAUUCAUUUACUGACCCACAUAUAAUUACAUUUGAUGGCAGGGUAUACGAUAAUUUCAAGACUGGAACGUUUAUGCUUUACAAGAGUAUGUCACGUGAUUUUGAAGUCCAUGUACGCCAAUGGGACUGUGGAAGCCUUCACUAUCCUGUGUCAUGUAACUGCGGGUUUGUUGCCAAAGAAGAAGGUGAUGUAGUUACUUUUGAUAUGUGCGGUGGCCAGCUACAUGAAUCGCAGCCGUAUUUAUUUCUAAAGAGCCAACAUGAAACCAGCAAUAUCAAGAUAAGUGAAUCUUAUUUAGGAAGAAAAGUCACAAUCUGGUUUUCUUCUGGAGCCUUUAUCCGUGCCGAUCUUGGUGAUUGGGGCAUGAGUCUAACUCUCAGAGCCCCAAGUGUAGAUUACAGGAACACUUUGGGACUUUGUGGUACCUUUGAUGAAAAACCCGAAAAUGAUUUCCAUGACAAAAAUGGGAACAAAAUUGAUCAAACUUUUAAUAGCUGUUUUGCUUUUAUUAAUGAAUGGAGGAUUUUCCCAGGAAAAAGCAUGUUCGACACAAUGCCCAUAACUCUACCAUCACCUGGAAAACUACCCUAUUGUAGCUGCUCCUUGGACACCACUUCACUGUACCCGUCUUCUCAUCGUCCGGCCCAUGUUUCUCAAGCAGACGUGGCUUCCGACUGCAAAGUCCUCACACGUGUCAAAUUCUCUUCCUUGAUACCAGAACUGGAUGUCACUUCUAAAUAUAUUAACUCAGAAGCUCUUGUCGGAGAGAUAAACAAGCAUACCUCUCGAGAAGAAAAUAAUUCAAAUUUCUUUCCUCAAGACAAAAAGCACGUGAACCUACCCAAACUGGAUUUAAAUUUACAAAAAUAUCCUAAGAAUGAGAAACAAGUUGUACCAAAAACUUUGGACAAAGGGGUACAGACACGGGACCAGGACAGACACAGUCAAGAAACAGGGCGGCAUCGACAAAACAGAUGGAGACGGCAAAGCUUUUAUGAGUUUCUUCCUUUGCUUGCUUUCCAGAGUCUCAGCCAGAAUGAUGCAAAAGAGCUUCCGUAUUUUUUCCCUGAGGACCAUACUAAGGAUGUCCAGCAAGAGUUUGUCCCCACGUGGCCUACGCCCUCUGGCCUCACGGAACACAGCACGUUGGAACUGUGUCAGCGGACGCUAGCCAACUCCAGCCUGGGAAGGCACUGCCUUCCCUUUCUUGGCACGAGACUAGAUGGUGUCAUAGAUAUGUGUGUUAAGGAUGUUCUCCUAAAAGAUGAUCUCAGCUGGGCAGGAGCAGGAGUGGCCCUUUUAGAAAACGAAUGUGAAAGGAGAAUUUUGGAAGAGGGUAAAUAUAACACAGAAGAAUAUGGCAAAUCGAUUGAAGACAUUCUCUUAGUGUUAAGAUGCCCCAACUUAUGCAGCGGCAAUGGGCAGUGUAUGCAAUGGGGAUGCAUGUGUCCCCCAGGCUUUGGUUCCUAUGACUGCAGUGAGUCACGUGGUAAGUUUACAACUCGAAUGAAUAAUUCAGAGGCAAUUUCUCAACAGAUGUCAGGUUUUAAACAUGCGGCUCAUACUCUGAACACAAAUCUCAGUCUGGGGGAACUAGAAGUUACUAUGGACAAUUGCAGUUCUAUAUGCAUUAACCCCAACCGCUCCCGUGAUGAAGUAAAAGACAUUACCCAGGGCACCAUCCAAACAGAGACAGGAGGAUAUAAUUACCAACUUACCACGUCUGCCCAAGGUUACACACAGCACAAGGAUGGGUUUGCAGCAUCAGUUAGUAGAGCCAUCACUAUUUUGCCAGAAAAGCCCGAGUCAACCAAAAUAUCAACUUGUGCAGAAUCGCCAUGCUUUCUGGGUGUUUCCUGUGUGCCAACCACCGAUGGUCACUUCCGAUGUGGACGCUGCCCCCUGGGAUAUUACGGAGAUGGUAUCAAUUGCAGAGCAACAUGUACAUACUGUAUCAACAUUUUACCCUUCAUUUUUGCAGCCAUUUGUAGACACCCAUGUGGAAAAGGGAGGGAGUGUGUUGCCCCAAACAUAUGUAAAUGUAAACCUGGUUACACUGGCUCUAACUGCCAAACUGCUAUAUGUCAUCCUGAUUGCAAAAACCAUGGAAAAUGUAUUAGACCUAACAUUUGUGAAUGUACCCCAGGAUUUGGUGGAGCAACUUGUGAAGAAGAAUAUUGUAGCCCUCCUUGUCAACAUGGUGGCACCUGCUUGGCUAGAAACCUCUGUACUUGUCCUUAUGGUUUUGUGGGACCAAGGUGCAAAACAAUGGUUUGUAACAAACACUGUGAAAAUGGAGGUGAAUGCCUUACACCAGAUGUUUGCCAGUGCAAGCCUGGCUGGUAUGGACCCACCUGCAGUACAGCUUUGUGUGACCCUGUUUGCCUCAAUGGUGGUUCCUGUAAUAAGCCAAACACUUGCCACUGUCCAAAUGGAUUCUUUGGUGCACAGUGUCAGAAUGCUAUCUGUCACCCUCCCUGUGAGAAUGGUGGCCGCUGCGUGAGAAAGAAUGUGUGCACCUGUCGUGGAGGAUACACUGGUAGGAGAUGCCAAAAAAGUAUCUGUGAUCCCAUGUGCAUGAAUGGAGGGAAAUGUGUGGGACCAAACAUUUGCUCUUGUCCUUCUGGUUGGAGAGGGAAACACUGCAACACACCUAUCUGCAUUCAGAAGUGUAAAAAUGGUGGUCAAUGCAUUGCUCCCAGUAUAUGCCAUUGUCCUGCCUCCUGGGAAGGAAUGCAGUGUCAAAUACGUAAGCCUACAGCAUUCAUUUUCUAUGAUAGAUUCUGAAUCUCAAUCUGUUACAUUGAUCAGCCAGAGAGCAGGGAAGAACCAAACAGCCAUCUUGGGUUUCCCAUAGCCCCUGCUAUUUGUUUAAUUUACAACCAUUGUUUAUCCAUACAAUAUACCCUAGAAGUUUUCAUCACUAAUUUUACGAAGCUUCCCAUGCAAUUUCAAAUAUUUUGAGGUAUUCCGGGGGCCCUUUGGAAAUACCUCCAAGUUAUUCCUACAUAUAUUGAGAUUUUAAUCCCUUAAAACUCAAUUUCUAGCACUAU